GUUGUUAAAUUUCCUGCUCCUGUAAUAAUCUAAUUAUUCCAUAUAGCUCAGGGUAGCUGAACACCCUGCAAAGUAAAUAUAUCUGAAGGCGUUACGUCAAAGACCUUCAUCCUGAUAUUUUUUGCAGUGGAGCCGGGGGGAUGGCGGUCAGGGAUCAGUGCCCAGCCCGCAGACAGACACCAGGUUUUGUUGUUUCUUUGGUGCAGAGCUCAGUAAGCUGCCAACCUGCUGCCCACCUGAGAGGGAGGUGAAACAGGGCGAGAUUAAUCCUUAUCUGACUGCAGGUGUGUGACAUGCUAGAGGAGGUUUGAUGCUGCCGGGGGGAAUCUCAGCGCUGCGACAUUUCCAGGAGGAUUCGAGCAGCAGGUGGGUGGUAUCAGGGGAUUAAAGGCUUUAACAUGAAUAUUUGAUAAAUGUUCAGCAGGAACGCCUGGUUCAAAAAUUUUAACUUUAAUGUAGAUUAUUUAACUUUACUUCUUUCUUUUCCUGACUGGACUCGGCUUGAUGACAUAUUUUGACUUCUAUCACUGCUGUUACUCAUGACAUCCAAUCAGUCUCAUGUGCCGACACAGUUUUUGCUUUUUUGUGUGUGUCUUCUUGUUGACAGCCGUGCUUCAGGACCAUGGCAGGUUUACUCAGAGUCAGUCAGCCCCCCAGCCUCUGUUUGAUUAUCUGUAUUUCUGCAGUUUUACUCCUCAGCCUCUUCAGUAAAGGUACGCCUGUGGUACAAGUCUGUUUCUGAAUCUUUAAACCCUCAAAGCUCUAAAUUGGCAGUAAAAUAUGUUUCCUAAAUGAUGGAUUUAGAGUGUUUUUUUUUCUUUAUAGAGAUGGGGGUCAGGCGGCAGGAGGAGAGGCACAGGAGAGAUGAAGACGACUUCCUCGACUCCACAGGUAAUCCUUGUUUCAUCAUUUAGUUCGCAGGUUUGACUUUCACAACAAGACUCAUAUCGCUAAAGGAUUAUCCGGAUAUCUCAGUAAGAGGCACCUUCAUGGUAAAUAUAUGUUUCUGGUGAGUCUCAGUUUCACUUGAAAGACUGAGUAACAUAGAUGUCUCACUUUUGCUCGCUCUUGAAAUGUGUCUUUGUUGAGUCUUCGUUUCACUGUCAUAACUUUCUUCAGUAUUAUAAACAACAUAAAUCUGGAGAGUCUCAAACUAACUUAACACCAUGAAUAACCCACCAAUUUUUCUACUUCCAAACUUUAAUAGUAAACUGAAAAGCACAAACUCACCUCUUUUAAGAUUAUAAGAACCAUGUCAGGUGUAAUGAGGACGAUUUCAGGGAUUUGGCUCCAUGUAAGAGUUUAAAUUUACACUUAAAUUUGAUAAAAGCUUUAAUCCACCUCAAUAAACGAGACUAGCAUUUUCUCUGACCUCGAGUUAUUCAAACUACUUCCACCCCAGGGACGAACUCCUCAGGAUAAUCGUUACUUUUAUGUCGUUUUGCGAUCAAACAUCCACAUAUUGCUGAUUCUGCUAAUUCCAUAAUAGAGAUUAAAACCAGAAUAAUGUCCCAUUGACUUGAAUGUCUGCUUUUAUUUCCCAGAAAUCCCUGCAGAGCACAUCGACCCAGCUGCCAUUGAUCUCACCCCCCUGGUCAAUACUUUAAUAAAUACAAGCCAAUCGGGUAAGGUUGUCAUAAUAUCACUCAUGAGAAGAUCAAUCCUGGGCUGUAAAUCUCUCAUGUAUGUCGUUAUUAAACCUGCAGAGCCGAUCUCUGCCUCGUUUUCCUGUUUUCUUCAGAGGUCAAACUCUGUGUUAGGAAAUAAUAACUUUAAAGGAGCAGUUCACUCAAAUAUCACUUUGAUUUCUCCUGUAUCAGAAAUUCAAUUUAAUCUUAGAGGAUGACAUAUUUCCUGUCUCUCCUCGUCUCUAGGUUCCCAUCAGCUCUUCUCCUUGCUCAGUGUGACGUCCUACAGCUCUCUGGCUCUCCAUAAACUCACCCUGCUGGUCUACAACAGUAACUACACACUCGUUUACAAACAGUUAACUAAUUUUUAAUAAAGUGCAGACACAGUAACCCACUCUGACUCUUAGUUCUUUAUAUUUUUACAAGCGCAUUCAGAUAAAACAGCAGGAUGAGGUCCAGAUCUGUGUUAAAAAUAGCUUUGCCACUGACUCCAUCUAGUGGUUCUAAUCUGCAAUCACACUGUGUGUAUCCUUUGGUUCAGUUUGAUAAAACCGCUCAUAUUUGAUACUGAUUUGAUAAAAAAAUGAAGCUACAAAUGAGUAUAAAUGGUAGAGCUGUGGAUUAAUGUGACUUUAAAAGGGGUUGAUACAUAUUUUGAAUAACUUCAGUAUAAAAAUGGAACAAUGUUAUUUGCUGAUUUCUUUUUUUAGGCCUGUCAGUGGCAAUACGUCAAUUUCUUUAUGGUCAAAGUCUGCAUAUUUCUUUAUGUGUAACAGUGUCUACAUUUAGAAAAAUAAUAAAGUAAACCCUGUAUUUGACGAUUAUACCUCUGAGUGUUGGUUUCAGACCACACUGGUGUAGCAGUGCAGCAUUUAUUUAAGCCAUAAAUCAAAAAGUCAAAAACAUAACGUUCAUUUCUUCACAUUUAUUUGAAGUGCAAAUCAAACACUAGUAAGAAUUGAUUAAAUUUGUCAAUUUAAACUGAAACAGUUUAAAAAAGCAAAAUAAUGGAAAUUCAAAGAUGCGAUUAAAGAUGCGAUUAAUCGCGAUUAACUAUUGAAAUCCUGCGAUUAAUCAUGAUUUUUUUAAAAAGAGAUUGUCAGACAGUCUUUAGUGCAUUUAAUCACAUAUACUUCAUGAUAAUAAGAGGAAGGCAAUAUUUAGAUGUAGACACAAAAUGAAAUUGGCUGUAAAACGUCGUCAUGUUGGAUAAAUUCAGAUCCUGCUUUUUAUGUUUUGGUAAAGAAGUUCCUUAUUUUUCAACCUGCCUCCUCACCCCCAUAGAUCUUUCCAGUGAAUAUUUAAAACCAGACAUAAAUCAGAUAAGUCAUGUCUUACGCCUACACUUGGUAUUUAUAGAUCAGUCACAGACUUACAGGCUGAUUCAGACUCUCUAAACUGAGUCUGUUUUGUGUUUUUCAGUUUCCAACAUUAAAAGUGUAGAAAGGAACGUUUUCAGGAGGAGGUUCUGCUACUGCGUCACAAACGAGACCAACGACCUCACCGGUGAACGAUUUAGAAACUAACUUAAUUAAGUUUUCAGUUUAAAAUACUUUAAUAAUGUAAAUUUGAAAAUGUUUAACUCGUGUUUGUCAUCCUUCAGACUUUACAGCUAUCCUCCUGGAUGUGAUGGGAAACUCGACUACAUACCUACAGGAGAUCUUUAAAUCAGCCUCCAUAUUAUCAGGUGGGUGUAUGUUUAUUGUUAUUAUUUAUGUUUAUUAUGUUUAUUAAGUUUGUUUCAUGUUGUUCACUGAUGUGAUGAACCCAGAGUGCGUUUGCCUUGUGUUUGUGUGUCUCAGUAAGUCAGAGGAACAACUCCGACUGUAUUUAUAUCUGCGUGAUGGCGGGAAAGACGGGUAAGUGAAGCUUGCUGGAUUUCAAUUUUUGGUUCGUUUGUUGCUCACAACCCUGAAUCUAAAAAUAGGACGAUGUGGGAAACAAUUUAGUAACAUGUCUGGGUAUAAAAAGUAAUUUUAGGGAGUCACUCAGAGGCAAAGACCGGUAGGAUUUUCCCUCUUAGUGAGAGACUGAGUGAGCAAAUAGUCCAACAAUUUCAGAAUUAAAUUUCAGGAUGAAAACUGCAAAAAUGUGCAGAUUUCAUCAUCUGUAGAAAUUCAAAAUAUUAUUAUUAAAAAGCUCAGAGAAAAUCUCUGGAUUGCAAUAAAAAGGCGUGACUCUGUAGUGGAAAUCAUCACAUGAGCUCGAGAAACCCCUGUCUGUGAACCCAGUAGUGAUGGGCACGGCAGUUCUUUUAGAUGUACUGAAUCACUAGAAUUAGUUCACUAAAAAGAUUCGUUCAAAAGAUUCGUUCAUUGAAUCACCGAAUCGUUCCGCGCUUGGCGGGAGGAGCCUGGACUGAUAUGCAGCUGAACGUUUCAGGAUUUAGUUCAAUUCAUAGUUUGUGGGACCGGGGGACGAGAGUGUUUGUCUGUGUUGCUUUGGCAAAAGUCAUGAUGGUUCAAGUGAACUGUCCUAUGGUAUGCUAGUUAUCAGGUCUGCUCGAUAAAUUGGGCUCAGUGAGUGAUUCGGUCGCAAACGGUUUCCCUCGCAAACCGCUGCAAUGAUAGGAUUUAUUACAUGCUGUGUCCUAUUGUAUAAAAGUUGUUGUGGUGGCAAUUUAGCAGUAAAAAAAAAUUCUAAAAAGUUAGUUUUGUCUGACAAAAAUGAUUCCAGAGAGUGUAGUUCAAUGCGCGAUUCGUUUACCAAGUGAUUCAGGCGUCGGUUCAUGCGAUCCCUUGUUCGCCGGCUGCUCACCUGGCAAUGCUGCGUGCUAUAGCAUCUGCCCUGCUGACAGCUCAACUGAAGUGAGAAACGAACGAAUCACUUGAGGAAGUGAUUCGGUCCAGUACGUUCACUUAAAAGAUUCGGUUAUUUUGAACGAAUCGUUCGUUAAGGACACAACACUAGAACUUAGAUUAUCUCUGCUUUCACAAAAACAAAGAGUAAACCAUAUCUCAUCAUCGUCCAACAACAUCUCCAGCCCCAAGCCCGUUUAAGGAGGACCAAAGGGGUCUAGAAAACUGACCUGUUUGUUUGACAAAAACAAAGAUCUGAGGUUUUUUUUUUGGAAAUCAUGGAAACUGUUUACUCUGCCUGAAAGAAGAGAGGGCCCAACUCGCUUGUUCAUUAAUAUUUGCUGCACAUUGACUUACUCAGGAAAGACCUCCAUGUACUUGGUUUAUGAUAUAAUAUGAUAUAUACGCUGUGAUGUGUGUGUUUUGUUCAGGCAGAGAGGUGUCCGCGCUGUGGGAGGUCGACUCCAUCACUCCUCUUUUCAACCAGACCAUCGUGGAAGGACCGUACAGAAGUCUGUGUCCUCUGCAGGCAAACUCAAUAUGUCAGAUAACCACUAGGGGGCAGCAUUGAUGCAGGAUAGACCUCUGCAUAGACUUUGUUUACAUCUGUUGGGAUUACAUAAGGAACCUAAAAAACCCAGACUACUGUAAACAUUUGAGUUAAAAUCAAAACAUCUAUUCGAGGACACGGCAGUGCAGCUAAGAUUUACAUUUACUACAAAUAAAUAAUGGCUCCUAAACAGAGCAAACAUCUUCAAUUCCUCCUUAAAUGAUGACUACUUAAUGUAGUAUUUCAUAAAGACUUAAAGUUAUUAUAAAAAAGAUGCAAUUCAACCUGCUCUGGUGUGUAUUUAAGCUGUCAUCCACCUUUUCCCUCUGCGUUCCCUCCUUUUAUGAAUUUACCGAGAGUUUCAUCAUCCCUCUCUACUAGGUAACGUCUCCUCCAUCAGACUUCCUGUGGGUGAGUAAUCCAGCGUGUUAAAAAGCCGCUUCAAUCACCCGCUGUCAUCCUCCAGGAAAAAAGAAACUAAAGAGCCUUUUCAAUUCUCGUGUCUAAUUUUCUAUUUUGAACGUCAGAAUGGCACCAACUGCCCACCAAUCUGAGUCACGUCUCUCCAUCUGGGAUGAGCUCCAUGUUAACCAGCAGAGUCCACUCUACAGCACACGGUGAGCCCCCCGCCCCCUGCAGGAGGUCUGCGUUCAUGUUUGGUACAUGCUAAUCAUGAGAGUCAGAUCAUGCUGUUUCGGUCUGACACAUGCAGACGACAAAUUUAGGUACGAGGCAGAUUAGAGGAAAAAAACUGUUGUUUCCUACACCAGGAUCCAGCCUGAUGCAAGAAAAAUGCUCUCACUGUGACUUUCAGCGGUUCCAGUUGGAGAGUGAAGUCUGUAAAUGAGUCGUAAUCCUUCAAAUAUUGUUAGGUUUACACAAGACGUUGGCUAAAAGAUGCUUUUAGACAGCUUAUUAUACAUUCAAUUAUGUUUCCAUGGCAACGGAUCCCGAUCAGCCAACAGAUUAACCUCAAAUUAAACAUUUGUUAUGAUUCACAUUAAACUGAAUAUGUCCGCAGAAGGUAAUGUUUAGAGCAGUGGUUCUCAACUGGUGGGUCCCGACCCAAAAGUGAGUCGUGGACACGUUCCGGUUGGGUCGCAAACAGCUGGUCAAAAAGUCAAUAUUUAAUGCGCUUCUAAUGUAUGGCAUCUCUUUUCGUCGUCAUCGUUUUAUUUACUUAUCCGGGUCGCGGGGGCAGCAGCUUCAGGAGGGAAGCUCAGACGGCCCUCACCCCAACCACUUCCACCAGCUCCUCUGGGGGGAUUCCUAGGCGCUCCCAGGCCAGGCGAGAGAUAUAAUCUCUCCACCUGGUCCUGGGCUGGCCACGAGGUCUGGAACACCUCUAAUGGGAGGCAUCCAGAAGGCGUCCUAACCAGAUCCCCGAGCCACCUCAGCUGACUCCUCUCGACGUGGAGGAGCAGCGGUUCUACUCUGAGCUCCUUACCCUGUCUCUAAGGCCAAGCCCGGACACCCUGUGAAGGAAACCCAUUUCAGCCUCUUGUAUCUGCGAUCUUGUUCUUUCGGUCAUUACCCAAAGUUCAUGACCAUAGGUGAGAGUCGGCACGUAGAUCGACCGGCAAAUCGAGAGUCUCGCCUUACGGCUCAGCUCUUUCUUCACCACGACAGAUCAGUAAAGACAUGGCUUUUAUUUUGAAAAAUAGCUUAUUUUGAAAGGCAUGCAUUAUGUCGUGGCCCUCCUCGGUUUCUUAUUAAUGUGGCCUGAAUGCAGUAAAAAAUACAGGUUGUUUUUUUUUGGUUAUGUGCUCUGAAAUAAAACAAGUGUAUUUAUGUUUAAGAUUUGAGUCUUUAAAGGUUUUUUUUUAUCAAAAAUACAUUUUCUUGGUUUGAAUUUUAUAAAAGUAGGUUGCGACUUAAGGACCACUGGAAAAUGUGGGUCCCAGAGUGAGACCAGUUGAGAACCACUUGAUCGAUUCCCCUCAUCAGAGAAAAAUCAGUGAAAACAAAUUACCUUUUGGUAUCAUCGAUGGGGUUCAGGUUUGAAAAUAACAAAUUUUUACGUAACUUUUUGCAAAACUUUUAUAAGUGCAGUGUCUUUCCAUUAUUCACUUAAUAGUGGAAAGUGACCGGCUUCCACCUCUUUGUCUUUUUAAUAGUUUCCCCUCCAGAAGUGGAUGAAACAGCUGCUGCAACAACUAAGAUGCUAGAAACAUCUCCGCAACCUGCAACCACCGUACCCCAGAGACAAACUACAGCAGAUGGACAAUACACAACGAUAAAGACGACAGAAAGAGCGACUGCACAAGCCGAGACGACAGCUCCAAGAAAGGAUUCAGAAAAAACAACAUUUACGACAACUUUACAGCCAAUCACGUCAACGGAACCAACAACAACCCAACAAGUUUUUACUGUACCUGCUGCUUCAACCACGAGGUCGACACGAUCAACAACGGCAGAGACUGAACACACAACAGCCUCACCAGGAAUUAGCCAGACCCCGCCAACGACAGCCACACACCAUCCAAGUACAACAACUCAAUAUAUGACGCCAACAAGACUUUCACCCGUCCAAACAACAGAAAGACCCACACUGGCCAAGAGGACUACAGGACCUCUGGGCAGGAGGACUACAGUACUCAGCAUGACUGUGGAAACAGAGAAACCAGGUAGAGAUCCCUCACCUUUAUAGGACUGAGAUUUGGGAUGGGAUAAAAACCAGGAUGAGAAGUCCACCAUUAGUACCCAGUAAUGUUUAGUAAAAGUGGCAUGGGAAACUUUGAGUAGUGUCCAUAGUACCACAGAAAAGCCAGGGGUCUGUCUAAAAAGACAACCAUGGGUGGCACAGCCCAUUUGAGAUCUUAAAGGGAUAUUCUGACAUGAAAUUAAUUAACACCAAGUUAGACACCCCGUCAAGAGAUGAAUGUUGCUGACCGCUUUCUUCUCUAGUUAUACCAACUUUAGUAACGACCGCACGAUAGCAAUACACAGCGGUCUGAGGAGCCAUAAACAAACCUCAACCAAAACGCCACUCUAUAGACACAAAUAAUGCUCAGAACAGCACCUAACUUUAUCAACAGGACAUAUAGGGUCACAGCCAUAGUACUAGACACCAAACAUCUUUUUAACUUUGCCUGAUUUCUUUAGCAAAGAGACUUAACACAACUCACCUACUCUCUUCCAGCAGCCGUUUGUUUGUACGGAUACCUCUGGGCAAGUCCAUCGACUGCAGUGGGGUGACACAGCUGAAGGAAGAACAUUUAUGAUCAUUACUUUAUCAUUUCCUUGAAGUAAUAAUCACCAUAUUAAUCAUUUUGCACUGCAGUUACUAAAGCUGGUAUAACUAGAGAAGCAAGCUGUCGGCAACAUUCAUCUCUCGACGGGGUGUCUAACUUGGUGCUACAGUGUGUUUGACCUUAAAUAAAUUUUACGCCGGAAUAUCCCUUUAAUAGCUAUCCCAGGUGCUCUCCUAAAAUCCUAAACUUUGGUUGGUCUGGUCCCUGGAUGCUGAAAGUUACACAAGUUAAUUUUAUUUCUCUUCAAAACCCCUUUAAGAUGCCAAAAAUGGAACAUUUUAGUAACAUCAUUAUUUAUAUCCCAUCUCUUCUCCAUGUAUUCAUCUAUUGUUAGAGGUACCUCAUACAACCCAACUUAAAAAGCGGAACUAUCCCUUUAAAGUGCCGAUUAAACAGCAGCUAAAGCAGUAGGGGUGCAACAUGGUUAUAAAAUGCAUCAUGAAUACAAUUUCCACAGUGAAUAAUAAGACUAAUAGACCUUACAUAAGGAGGAUAAAUGUGUGAAUGUUUCUAUUGUUUAAAAUGUGCAAACAGCUCCAUUGUUAGAGGUCAGUCAUCUGUUAUAGGGAGACAAGAGGUCCAAAAACACAACCAGAGGUCUCCUUAAACCGUCAGCUGAACAGCCUGUUGAGUCAUUUUCUUUAGUAAAGAUAUUUUUUUGUGUUUUUUUCUCUCUAGAGUAAACACAGCACUGAUUAAUGACCCUGAACUCCACAGACGCCAUUAAAGAGACAUUUAAUCCAGGUUUAAGUAUCUAUGACAAAUAAAACUCAGCUGACUCUGUCUGCUGACCUGCUGUCACAGAAAACAAAUGUAAUAACAUCACAUCCAUUCAGAGUCGUUUCUGUACACGCUGACAGCUUCACGUUCAGCCUCAGCCUGUGUAUGUCUGAGUGGGAAGCAUAGAGAGGGACUGAGAUAGUAACCAUGGUAUCGCAGCAGCUUCAUUCAGUUUAAAUCGAGUUAAGCUGCAAAAUUCAGGCCAAAUAUACAACGUAGGUUCCUCUUAUUUAUGACCAGUGAGCGUGUCGGGGGUAACAGUUACUUUUUGGUGGUCCUAAUGGUGUAAAGAGUGGUGUCUAUUUAUAUGGCUCUGGUGAGUCUCAGUUUUACUGUUGAAUAGUAGUUAAACUUUUACAUCACUCUGGCUAAUUUCAGCUGAUUCAUCUGUUUAUGGUGAGUCCAAGCUAAACUGAGAUCUCAAUUUGCCAAACUGUAGCCAGGUUCAAUUAAGACUUCAAUUCAAUCUAGCUGGUUUAUCUGUUUGUAGUAGGUCCCAGUUUCACAGUCAAGUAUGAGUUAUGAGGUAACUCUACUCUGGCUUGUUUCAGCUAGUUCAACUUUUAAUAGUGAGUCUCAGUUUCACUGUAAAUACAGGCUGAGACAAUUGUAAGUCAAACUGAGACCUCAAUUAGGCUAACUUAAGUCGGUCCAUCUGUGUGUAGUUAGUCUCAGUUUCAUGGUAAAUCGUAAGUUAAAGGAAAUCUGUUUAUGAGUCCAAGCCCCACUGUAAAAUGUAAGAAAAAGGUCUCAGUUUCAUAGUGACAUGUAAGUUCAGAGCUCAAUUCAAUUCAGCCAGUUAAUCUGUUUGUAGUAGGUCCCAGUUUCACAGUCAAUUAUGAGUUAUAAGGUAGCUUCACUCUGGCUUGUUUCAGCUUGUUCAACCGUUAAUAGUGAGUCUCAGUUUCACAGUAAAUUAAAGGCUAAGCCAUGAGUAUUGUAAGAUCAACUGAGACCUCAAUUAGGCUAACUAAAGCCGGUCCAUCUGUUUUUUUGUGAGUCUCAGUUUCAUGGUAAAUUGUAUGUUAAAAGAGACUUUGAUAAGGUUUACUUCAGCCAGUUCAUCUGUUUGUAGUUGGUCCCAGUUCCACUGUGUAUUUUAAGUUAAACUGAGACUAGUUUCAGUUUGUGGUGAGUCUUAGUUUUAUGGUUUAUUUUAAGUUCAAGCAAAACCUCCCUCUGACUGACUUUAGCCAGUUCAUCUGUUUGUGAUGAGUCCAAGUUCCACUGUAAACUGUGAGUUAAAGUGAGACUUCAGUUGGCCUUAACUGUUCACGGAGAGUCUCAGUUUCACUGGAAUUCAUGAGAAAAACCGAGACUUCACCCGGAUUAAGUUAAGCUAGUUUACUUGUUUUAGUUAAAUCCCAGUUUCCUGGUAAACUGUGAGUUAAAGGGAUCAUUCAUUUUCUAUGUUGAGUCUUAGUUUCAUGGUAAAUCAUAAGUUUAAGUCAGACUUAACUCUGAUCGACUUCAGCAAGUUCUUCUGUUUCUGAUGAGUCCCAGUUUCACCAUAAAUAGAAAGUUACUCAGUCUUUAAUUUGUUUUAAAUGAAACCUCAGAACAAACCGGUUCUCUUGUCAUUAACGGAUCUAAAACGCCGUCAUGAUGCAGAUGAACGUCAUGAGUCAAGCUUUGUCAGAUCUUUCCCACAAGAGGAGAAACCAACUUUAAAAACCGUCAUGAGUGUGGGAGGAGGAGUGCACCCUGAAAAUGAUUAACAUGUCCCUGCAGAAACACUAGAUGGCACUAAAACCUCAGUGUUCAGACAGCAGCUGCUCACCUACUGAGUUCUGCCUAGCAACAAACAGAAGGCUGGAGCAUCCUGUGCAAUUUGUCACUGAGUCAUUAAUGUGUGGUCAAAUGUGUGCCCAGCUGCUCAUCUCUGCGUUAUGCCACACAUGCUCUGUAUCAGCUGUUUGGGUGCGGAGCGUCAUUAAAGGUUAAUCUGAUGAUCAUUUUGGUCGUCUAUUAUUUAUGAUCGUCAAGCUGGAAAAGCUGCAGGUACUGAAGCUGUAAGAGGUGAUGAUGACAGUGAAGGUGGCACUGCUAAGAUUUUUUUUUGGACUAUGUGAUUUAUACUGUAUGAACUCCGCAGUAGCAGCUAUCAGUUUGCCUCUGUUUUUAUAUGAUGGCAACUUUUCGAAUAUAGGCGUGGCUCAGUCUUCAACACAUUUUAACGUACUUUUAUGUCAUUUGAUUGUUUUCUUCUGUGCUUCUCUUGGUUCACUUUUGUCAGAAGAAAUAACUGAAAGGAAACUGACAGUGAAAUUGAGAACCAGCUUGGACUAAAACUUGAUUCUGGAUCAAAUUAAAUCAAACCAAACUGUUUAAAGUUUGUUAAAGGGAAAGACAAAAACUACUAAAAGAAAGAAACGCAGCAUUAAAAGUUGUCAGUGAUCUUGUUAACGAACAUCAUGCCAUGUUUGAUGACUUUUCAGAACUUUGUGGACCAUGUACUUAAUCAACAGAGACUUCUUCCUACCGUAGUUUUGUGUCGUUUGUGAACGAUUUGUUCAAAAGAACCGAAUCUUUUAAUUGAACAUACCGAACCGAAUCACUUCCUCAAGUGAUUCGUUCGUUUCUCCCUUCAGUUGAGCUGAAGUCAGAAACAGCAUUGCCAGGUGAGCAGACAGCGAACGAGGGACCGAAUGCACCGACGCCUGAAUCACUUGGUGAACGAAUCACGCUUUGAACGACACUCUCUGGAAUCAUUUUUGUCAGACAACACUUUUUUUCACUGCUUAAGUGUCACCACAACAACUUGCAUCCAAUCGGACACAGCAUGUAACAUGUAGUGCAUUAAACCCCCAGCAUCCCAUCAUUGCAGUGGUUUGCGAGGGAAUGGUGAAUGUUCAGUGUGAAUUCUUCUAAACGUUCAUUGAACGAAUCACUCACUGAGCCCAAUUUACUGAGCAGACCUGAUAAAUAGUAUACCAUAGGACAGUACACUUAAAACAUCAUGACUUAUAAACAAGUUCCUUUUUACAAACCUGUUUGUCAAAGCAACCAAACACCCUCGUCUCUCAGUCCCAGAAGCUUUGAAUUGAACUGAAUCCUGAACCAUUCAGCUGUGUAUCAGUUCAGGAGGUCAGAGUCGCAGGCUCCUCCUGCUAAAUGAUUCAGUGAUUUGGUGAAAGAAUCUUUUUAGUGAACUGAUUCUAGUGAUUGAGUACAUCUAAAGGAACUGCCGUGCCCAUCACUAUCAUACUGGACUAUGAGAACAUCCCAUCUAAUGCUUAGAAAGUUAUUUAUCUAACUAUGGUGUACCCCAGGGCUCUGUCGUUGGACCUCUGUUAUUUACAAUUUACACUAACCGUGUUGGUCAUCAUGUUGGUAACCCAAAUAUACGACUAUAUGCAGACGAUACAGUUAUUUACUGCUACAUCAGUCCGAUAUAAGCCUCUCUGUCACCGAGAAAAGAUGCUUUUUUACACUUUUCACCCAGAAGGUCUACCCAGAGACUCGAUCACUGACAGUCUCCGUUUAUUUGGGGUUUCUUAACUUGCUUCUCUCUAUUUAUUUAACUCUGUUUAUCUGAAAGAUGCUGCAAGCUGCAAUCUCCACACUGUGGCCCAGGCACCAAACUUGUUUUUACUUUGUGUCCCCAGAGAGCUUCUUGAAAUGAGGAACAAGGUGAAACGAAGUUUUUCUGCUCCUGCAGUUUAAAAUCUGCUGCAGGAGGAUUUGGGUCAAAGGGAGCCGGUCUCUCCUGAUAUUUUCACGAGGUAGACUGAGGACAUUGGAGGAGGACGCAUCAGGUUAUAGAUGCUUUGACUGAUGACUUUCUGUGAUACGACCCAGGAUGUCUUUACCACUUCAGUCCUGGUUAAAUGCGCCUAAACUAAGACUAAAAUUCAGGCAAAUAACUUAAAUCUCUUAAUGCUGGAUUUCUUAAAUGCUCCCAGUUUUGAUGUCAAACAAUAAGUCAUGCAGAAGGAGCAAAUAAGUGCAGAAAACGAAGGAGUCUUUAAUUAAAGUCACAUUUGAAUGUGUUUUUUUACGGUUACUGGGAGCCUGUGUACCUGCAGCGCAUUAAUUAUGAUUAGAAAGCAUCAGGACCAGUGAUUUCUGUAAUGGGAAUUCAAGCAGUGAAACCACUUUAUGCAAACUAAAUGCAACGAGAGAGAAAUGUGAAGAAUGGGCGUGGGGAUGAUUUAUUUAGCACAUAAAAUCUCCGAAUCGCUGCUGUGGGUUUUUACAGAUUAAUUAUGAUGAUGUUUGUGUUUUUGAUCGCACACACAAACCCACCUGUGAUUAUCUUAUCUUAUCUCUGUUUGUAAUUAAGCUUUUAAUAAAUUCACAGAGGUUUUUUUUUUUUUUACAGAACAGGCAAAGUGAUUAUGAUUGAAACGGACUGAGAUCAGUUCAGAGGAGCAGAUGUUCAGACAGAGCUUGUCGUUGACUGAUGAGAUGUCUCACUCUGUCUGUUGAGAGGUUGUCCUUGGAGGAGGACGGGACUGAACGACGUGCCGGCCCUCGGCAGGACGACGACGACGGUCAGCGCUCACAAGCUGCAGCCCUGCGUCCUCGAGCUCUGCAAGUUCUUCUCCCAGUGUCUCUGCAGACCGUUCGGCCACAAGACCCGCAUGAAAAGGUUUCUGCGCUUACAGACUACACCUGAAACUACAACUGCACUGAUGCUGCAGGAAAAGGGAAUUCAAUAGAGGACUUCAGUGACCCGAUUAAUCGCUGCUGAGAGCUUUAUUAGUUUGAAAUCUUAGUUUGAGCAAAUUUUCCUGUUAUUUCCUCUGCUAGAAAUGAGAAAAUAAAUCAGAAAAAUGUCUCAUUUGAGAUGGAAAUUAACUCCGUUUUCAAGAUUUAUGUCUCCAAAUAAAGUGGAAGAGGAAACAUGUACAAGUUCGCAGCUCUCAACCAAUCCUGGGUGUUGUCGGCAAGCGUCUCUUCACAGAAUAAGCCUCUAAAAACAGUCUGGCCAUGAGUGUGUAUGGUGUAGAUUUAGUUAAGUCAUAAAUUACUCUUUUCUUUGGUGUGCUAAGAUGUUUAUGGUCCAUUUUCUGCAUGUUAUGCUGAUUUUCUUGCUUUUUUUGGUCAAUAAUGGGUCUGAAAUUUUUCUGGAAUUAACCCAUCGUAAGACAGAUUUGUUACAGUUAAGGGACUUUUUCCAUUUCCCAGGUUUUUGUACUCAGAGCUCAUCUGAUCGGCACUUCAGUUACAAAAGUUGUCCCGGUCACUUUUGCUCAACUCUGUAGAGAUCAUAUGUAUGUAUGAAGUUGCUCUCAGUGCUUCAUGUUUUCCUUCAUUCAUUGCAUUUUAAAACUAAACUUAAAAACUUUUUGAGAUAGACCUUGAAACUGUAAACGAGGUCAGAUCUAUCAUUCAUGAUGCAUUCAAGUACAUCAGGAAAUCUCAAAGCUGAUUCGUAUCUCAGUGUAGAUGUUUGAUCCAGAACAGAUUGUUAGCUGAGUUUGAAUAAAGAAAACUGAGUUUUCACCAGGAGAGGCGAUAUCAUUGGGUAGAUUUUGUCCCGCCUGCUUUUGCUCUUCAUACAGACUGUUUUUGCCGCACAGACACAGAAAAUAGUUUGUUGAAUUACACAAAAACAGACAUUUAAAAUAAGCAUUUUAGGCCUUGUAGUUUAAACUUCAUCAGUGUUGUAGUUGUGUUAAAGUAAAAUUCUGUUGUUUUCACAGAUACUGUGACGACAGCCACCUCUGGUAUGAAAAACACACAUCUGAAGUUUGCCGGCGGGUCAGGAGGGUCUCCUUCUCCAGAAGUAAGUGAGCUGUGGAUGUUCUGGUUUUGAAGCUUGCAGCAGACUUGUGGACCAGCUGGAUUUUAAUGUGGACUUGAGAGGAAGCCUGUGAGGAAAAACUGUCUUUAAUUUGUGUUUAAUUUGAGAGAAGUGCAGGAGGACCGUGAUAGAUUUCAUUUAGGCUGACAAAGAGGGGAAAACAAUAAAAAUGACUUUUAAACUUUGGAGGAAUACAGUCAAGCAGAAGUAAAUUGGUGGUAAACAGACGGGGCCCCAAAAUGGAGCCCUGUGGAACACCAGUUUUGACAGGAAAUGGCUGGGAUUUGAAGGUUUUAAGUUUAGAUAAAUUAAACUCAUCGAGCAGCUUUCAUAAAUCAAUAAUGUAGCUGGAUGUCCUUAAAUUUCGCCAAGACGCUGCUUCCUCAUGUUGUGAAGCAAACACUACGAAUAACGUUCACGAGCCCAAACAAAGUUAGCGUGCUACAAUAUUGGAAUAUUAUUGGAAUACUACAAUAUCAGAAACCAACCAGAAAAUACAGAAAGUUUUCUGAAUCCUAAUGAUCUGAAGUAUUUAUCUGCAUUAUAUCUGAAUUUAAUUGGAACGAUACGAGCGAACAGGAGCGUCUGUUUGUGGGCGGGGCUUUUCUGGAGAGGAGGAGCUGAGGGGAAAACUGGUUGGGAGGGGUAGAGUUUAAUCGACCACCUUUAAUCGGAAAAUAGAAACAAAAACACAAGUAUUUGUUUACGACAGAGCUGAUUCACUUAGUUUUAAAAACACAAAAUAUCGCAGAAACUUAUCCUUUUUUUGCUAGAAUUCAUGUCGAUGCUGGUAAAACAGCCGUCUACAAACAGAGCUGUCAGCGUGUGAAUUCAGAAAUAAUUGGAGAGCACACGUCAGCUGUCACCUGUACUGAUGGGGACGUGUCAGCCAUGUUGCUGAGAGUGGUAUCAGGGCUCAUUAGAGCUGCAGCUCUGUAGGAGGCAGCUCCGGAUCCUUCCAGCUAAUGGGCUUAAGAGGUCGCAGAGAGACUCCUUUCUCCCAGCUGCUGCUGACACGACGAUCAUUCAGCUCUGAUUCCAUCACUCUGUCGCCUCUGCCCCUCCUCCUCCUCUUCUCUAAUCAGACCUCAGCGUCCAUUUUUAGAUUUAAUACAAGAUUUGAUUGAUGUGAAGAAGAACGAACGGAGGGAUAACUUUUGAAGAAAGUCAGUGAUCAUGUCUCUUAACUUGAAAUUCUUACUCUGAAGCCCCCUAAGGUCACAUCUGUUGAGAAAGAGCAUUUUUAAACCCACAGCUGACAGCAGAGUGUCUGUAGUGUCCGUAACCUCCUCCUCUUCCUCUUCCUCAGAUCUGAAACAGAGAUGCCUGAUGAAGAUGUGCAAUAAACUGUGACGAGAGGAGAAGAAGAGGAGGGAAACAAAGAGCUCUUCUUCAUCAGUGCUGGUUUCAUCAUCUGGACGGUCACACCAGGAAAACUCUUCUUAUAAUCGACACACAGACUUUUACUGGAUCGCUGGAGCUGAUCGUCAAAAUCUGGACACUGAAAAAAAUGGCGUCCUGGACUUUUGCAGAAAGACUUUUUUCUCCAACUGAGGACUGAAAAGAGACGGUCUGACACACAAACAGAGAAAAGAAAUCUGAAUUAAUUUGAAUGUCUUUCCAAAGAAACAGAUCUGGACUUUCAUGGCCAAUAAAAAUCUGGUGAAUCCUC